AUAUUCAAUUUUCCGAUCCAAAAUGGCGGAUCGAGAAGAGGAAAACGCUCCACUGUUACAAAAUGAAGACAACAACUCAUCGCCACAGCAACCAUAUGCCCCUCUCCCACAGGUGGAUACCACUGAACUUCCUCCUCCGAUGGUCGGAGGGCCUCCACCACCCAUCCUGCCAGAUGAACAACCCCCACCAUAUACACCAUCACCAGCAGGUGGUGUCCCAAUGAUAAACUGUCGAGUCUGUCAGGCUAUGAUCAACAUAGAAGGCAAACUUCAUCAACAUGUUGUGAAAUGUAAUGUGUGUAAUGAAGCUACGCCAAUCAAGGAAGCUCCGGCAGGAAAGAAAUAUGUGCGAUGUCCAUGUAACUGCCUAUUGAUCUGUAAGAAUACAUCUCAAAGAAUCGCAUGUCCGAGGACCAACUGUAAGAGAAUUAUUAAUCUUGGUCCUAUUACCGUAGCAACUGUUAGAACACAAGUUGGUAGCCGUGUGAUCUGUGGCCACUGUAAUGAAACCUUUCUGUUUAAUACUACAGUCAAUUCUCUAGCAAGGUGUCCACAUUGCAGACGAGUUUCAUCUAUUGGACCUAAAUUUGCAAAGAAUCGUUGUAUCAUAUUUGCUGUUAUCGGUAUUGUGUUCAUUGUUGCUGGAAUAGGUGUCACAAUUGGUACAUAUGAAUUAGCAGAAGAAUCUGGCGGCAUCUACUUUGUGUGGAUUGGUGCAUUUAUUAUCGGUAUUCUUAACCUGGUCAGGAGCUGCUACUACGGAACCAUGAGAGUCAGUCAAAUUGAAGGACCAGCCUGAACAAAUCAUAGCCCAAGUGGUGACAGCAAUUCAGAUAUUAUUAUAAUGUAUAUAUGCCCUCCUGAUUUGUGGUUACCAUCGUGUAUAAAUUGUUGACAUUUCUAUCCAUACAUUGUUGAACGGUGUUGGAAUGACCAAGCUCUUAAAAUCACUGCUAAAUCAAUGCAUCAUUUCAGUAUGCAUUCUUCAUGAUCUAAUAUGCAUGCUACAUGCAUCUGAUUAUGCUAAUAUUUUUUUCCAUAUCAUCUGCAUAUGAAUAUAAAUUACAUACACUACUCCAGAAAAAACUUUGAUUUAUUCAGUGUGUUAACUCUCAGUCUAAUCAUGCCUUCAUAAAAUAAUCAGUGUUUUGUUUGACACAUGAUGUGUAUUUUUCUUGCCAAUGCAGUGGCACGUGCAGUUCAACCACCAAGAAUAGUGCACAUAAUAAAUGUCUGUACAAAUGUCAUGUAUUUCAAUAUACCGGUAUCUGGAAGUACUGGUCAAAGUUUAUGUUUUAACCUGUCUGGAAGUACAGUUUUAUGUGGAACAAGAAAUACUUACAAUUAAAAAAAAAGUGAGAAAAAAUAUAGUUCACCUUCUUGUCCAUUGCAAAGAACAUAUUGCAUUGCUUUCUUCACCCUUGCCAUUUGUUUUGGAUUCAUUAAUAAGACACUAUUGCAUGAUGGUAUCUGUCACAUAAACUGUGUGUUUACUCAUUUACAUGGUGGUCAAUUCAUUGACACAAUUUAGUGUGAUUAUGUAUUCAAAAACAUUAACCAAUCAGAUAUCGGUGCUCUGUCACAUAGAACUUAAGUAUUUGGUGACCAAUCAGAUUGCUGUAUCUCUGUUACAUGCCUCUCUUUGUAUUUAUUGUAAUAUAUUUUAUGAAAUUUUGAAGAAACUACUAUGAACUAGUUAGUGAAAGUCUUCUUACUUGCAACUAUAGCCAAGUACCUUAUCUAAGUAUAACAUUCAUAAUCGUCUGCAUAAAAUAAAUAAAUAUCAAAACACUUACAGUUUGUUAUCCCAAUUACUUUCAACCUCAACAGACUAUCAGAAUUCUCCAUGGUGACAAUAGCAUAGCAUAGCAUGGCAUAGCAUAGCAUGGCAUAGCAUGGCAUAGCAUAGCAUAGCAUGGCAUGGCAUAGCAUGGCAUAGCAUAGCAUAGCAUAGCAUAGCAUAGCAUAGCAUGGCAUGCUUGCAUCCAAAAAAUUGUGCUUAAAAGCCCAUUAUGUGGACACCGGGACUUUAUUGAAGGGAUACAUUGUUGAUUGUUAAACAGUCUUGUUUAUUAUGUUUUAACUACAGAGAAGUGUAUUUGUCAUUAUCAGCUUUCACAUUCCCACUAUGCAUCAGUUUAUCACCCUUGUGUAUUUUGCUGUUUAAAGAGCCAUAUGUUAUUGUGUAGCGAUGGACAUGACUAUAAAACAGUAUAUAAUGGUUAUUACUCAGUUUGCUGCAACUUAUUUGGUAAAAUAGUAAUACUCUGUGCAAAGAUCCUUUAUGGUAUGUUGGGAUACAUGCUUUCAAUCAAGUUAAUCAGAAUGCUUGUUCUUACAAAUCUUGUUGGGAAAAUUAAAAACAAAUAAUGCGCUAGGAGAGAUCCCAUUGAUUGGCCAGAGUGAGGCUGGCAAAUAAAACUUGUUUGGUAGCCAGAGUGAGACUGAAAAGAAAUAAAUCUUAUCGAUCAGCUAGCUGGAGUGAAGCUGGCAUUGUGCAAUCUUGUUGGUUACUGGCCAGCCAAAGUGAAGCUGGCAUUGAGAAAUUGUAUUAAUAAAAUAUGACAAAUGUGUGAAAAAUUGGGGAGGGGGGGGGGGUAAUUGAACUUAUAGCCGCUAUUUGAGGUUGAAAUGCUAUUUAUAUUUAAGCUGGACAUUGUCAAUGAAAUAAUAUUGAUUCAUUGUAUAAUUUUAUAUUCAGUAGUUGCAUUGUUUUACUUUAAAACUGUGAAAGCAGAAUAUAUAACUUGCUAUCAUUUUAAAA